ACCGCCAGCAGCAGCAGCAGCAGCACACCGGCGGCACACCGGCACACGAGCAUGCCUAGGGGACUGCUGAGCGCCUCGCUCUUUGCCGCCGGGUACGGCCCGUACUACGCCGCCCGCACCCUGAUGAACCAGCCGCACUCGUUCCCCUCGUCGUGGUCGUUUGCAGAGGAAAUCACCGUUGCGACCCUGAGGCAUGUGUCCAAGGACACCAAUGCAUCCACGGUCCGCUCGAUCAUCAAGCUCUCUCAGGACCGCUCCAUCGCAGCCUACAACGGCUACGGCUUCAAAUCCGUGAGCAUCCCCGUUUAUGACCCUGAGAUGCCUCACAUCCACUCGAUCCAAGGGGCAUGGAUAGGCGAUCCGGCAACGCUGCCGGACCAAAAUGGACAAUUUCCUCCCGAUUCGCAGUGCUCAUGGGAUGAUGUGAUUGUGAUGAUGUGGGCACACGGUGGCGGAUAUGGAGUUGGAAAUGUCUCUUUAUUUGCCCAUGUCUUUGGCAAGUUCGCCAACGACUUCAACCAUCUCUCGAAGCGGUCGAACCAAACACUCGUUCCGCGCCAACACCUGGGCCGCCAAGCCCGUCCGAAGAAGCUGGUGAUAUUUUCGAUGGAGUAUCCCCUGGCCCCUGAGUAUCGCUAUCCCACUCAGAUCGAUUUCGCCAGAGCCGUGUAUCGAUGGCUCACGGAGACGGUCGGAGCAAAGCAUAUCCUCGUUGGCGGAGAAUCGGCCGGGGGCAACCUCACUCUGGCAUUUCUUCAGAAGCUCUCGGCAAUGGAACAUGUAUCCGUCCGUCCAUUUGCAGCAGUGCUGUUCUCGCCGUGGGUCGAUCUUUCGGGAAAAUUCACACCCGAAGCCGUUCAGCACCGCCUUGCCGACACAAGCGACUACUUGAACCCGGCUAUUGUUCACGAAUGGGCUGACGAGUACACAGGAAACGCCGGAAUCAAGCAGGAGAUCGAUCCUCUCUCCCCGCUUGUCUCGCCUCUAUACAUGGAGGACUACUCUGCCGUACUUGCUCCAUUGAAGGGACUCUCGGUGUGCUAUGGCACAGGAGAGCUCUUUGCCCCUCAAAUCGAAGAGUUCUUGCGGCGAUGCCAUCGGAGCACCCCUCCUCUGCCGUACCCGGUCCACGAGAUUGUGGGUGACGACAUGCCUCAUGACUUUCCAUUUUUGUUUGCGACUCUGCCUGCCGGCCCUGGCAAGAAGAAGAGCAAGCGAGCAUUUUCCUCGACUCUGGUUUGGCUUGUUGAGCAGUCGUUGUCACUUUGAGCCGGCCUGGCCAUGUAUCUGAUUCCUCAACUUGAAACUCGACCCGAUUACCGCUGAAUCUUUGUAGACUUUUCUAUAGCGUUCGCAAAUGUGGCCCCAUAAUACACACCACAUCAUCCACAA